UCUGCGAAUCAUUAUUCCAAAAGUUAUUCAGGGUGGCUCGCUUUAAAUGGAAUUCAUUGUAUUACGUAUAUGCUGAGUGGACAACGAGAACACUACAUCCAUCAUCUCAUUGCCUUUAAUAUUAUCAUUCGCCGUCGUGGACGAAACCACGGCCAACAAACGCGGAAAAUAGCAUUUAUACCUUGAAAGUUCACAUUCUUUGAUCAUCCCAAUAAUCUUCAGAAUUUUGACAAUUCAGAACUUAUGGAAAAAUCAAUCAACUGUUUCCUUACUCAUUGUCCAUGAAUAAUAACUCACAUAAGUGCAUGAUAGUUAAUUGACUUGCUGAAACCUAAACAAUUUGAAAGUAUUGAAUAUAUUUUUUAAGAAAAGUACUUAUUAUAGAUAUUGAGUAUUAUCGAAUUCUACAUCUGUGCUUUCACCUUCAUUUGUUGUUCCAGAAUUUCUCCAUGUCAAGUGUUCGAAAACAACGUCACCAUCUACAAUGAUCCGGUUUUAGUGAAAUGUUCAGAGAUGGACACACCUGCACAUGAAGUAUACGAAAAUGUUCAUGUCGCAGUAAUAAUUAAAGAAGAAGUUAAGGAAAAAAUUGAAAACUUUGACAACACCACGAAGCCAUUUAGUGUACUUUUCAUAGGAAUUGAUAGUAUAUCUCGACUUAAUUUCAUAAGGACGCUUCCAAAUACCUACAAAUUUAUUGAGGAAAAUAAUUGGUUAUCUCUUAAAGGUUACAAUAAAAUAGACGAUAACACGUUUCCAAACCUUAUGGCUAUAUUGACAGGUUAUAACCAAUCCCAUGCCUAUUCGGUUUGUGAUCCAAAUGUAAUAGGAAAAUUAGACAACUGUUCAAUAAUUUGGUACGACUUCAAAAGGCUGGGAUUCAUUACCGCUUAUGCAGAAGAUGAAGGCUCAAUCAAUACUUUCAAUUAUAAAAAGAAAGGUUUCAAACUCGUUCCUUCUGACUACUACUUCAGACCAUACGUUCUAGCAACGGAGAAACUGAAAAUACAAAAUAAAGACGGAAUAAUAUAUUGUACCGGACCAGAAUCGGCUGGAGAAAGAAUAAUGAAUAUUGCCAAAGAAUUUUCAAUAACUUUCAAAAAUUAUCCAUAUUUCGGAUUCUUUUGGAUGAAUUCCUUCAGUCACAACGAAAUCAACUCCCCUACAGGAAUGGACGACAAGGUUAAACAGCUCUUAGAAGAUGUAACCAGGGCAGGUGUUACAGAAAAUAGUAUUAUAUUUUUUUUAAGUGAUCAUGGAAUGAGAUUUGGUGAUAUAACGCUGACUACUACGGGGUGGUUGGAACAAAGAUUACCCUUCAUCUACGUCUCUUUUCCAAAAUGGUUUCAACAGAAUUUCCCAAAAGAAUUUGAGGUAUUCAGGAGUAAUUCUCGGAAAUUAACCUCGCCAUAUGAUCUUCAUAUGACCCUCAAACAUAUCCUAGUACUCUCCGGGCAUAAUUUUACAUCCACUCCCAGCCAGGCAUGCCCGAAAUGUAGAUCACUAUUCGAAAAAGUAGAACCUGAGAGAUCGUGCGAAGACGCCGGAAUCGCUCAACACUGGUGCACUUGUGCAGGAUAUAUCAGUACAACUCUAGAUAAAAAACUGGAAAAAUCAAUCACGAAUUAUGUCUUGGAAGAAAUCCAUGCCAUUAUUCAGUACAAAAAUGGUGCCCAUAAAUGUGCCGAAUAUUCUGUAGAUAAAAUUUUAAGUAUCCAAAUAUCCCAACCAAUUCAUCACAAAAAAGAAUCUUUUUUACUUCUCACAAUUAAAACGAAUCCUAAAGCGAUAUUUGAAACAACCAUUGGUUAUUACGGUGAUCUGAAGGAUUUGAAUUUAUCUAUUUCUGGCGAUAUUAGUAGACUGGAUAGUUAUAACGAACAUAGUAAGUGUGUUGAAAACGCAUAUCUUAAAAAAUAUUGUUACUGUCGACCAGGUAGAAUUAGGGCAUAAGAGGCGCAUGUGUAAAAGUGUAUUACAAGAAAGGCAAGAUGAACAAAUAGUACAUGUCAAUAACAAAGUUGAACCAACUAAAUCAAACAAUUUAGCUCUUUUACAAAAAGAGGUAUAUUCUCAAUAUUAAAAUCAAUUUUCUCAUUUUUAUACUGAUUUUACAGUGAUUUCUUCAACACGUAUUAGAAAAUAAUUCGAUAUCUUGUUUCAUAAUAUCAAAAAAUGGUAUAAUGUUGA